UGCAGAACAUAUCCAGGAGGUGGCAGCACUGGUGACAGUCGGAUUUCCACAGAAGAAAAGCAGUUAUUUAUGUUUCAUCAGAAAAACUCCUGCUGUUACAAACACGAUCCGCCGGGUGUUCAGCUCACGGACACACGGAGCUAUGGCUAACGCGGAGGGAAAUAAACUUUGGGGGGGUCGGUUCCUGGGUGACACAGACCCCAUAAUGGAGAAAUUCAAUGCUUCAAUCUCCUACGACCAGAGGAUGUGGGACGCAGACAUCAGAGGAAGCAAAGCCUAUGUGAAGGCGCUGGAGAAGGCCAAGCUCGUCACCGCAGACGAGAUGACCAGUAUUUUAAAUGGGAUGGAUCAGAUUUCUGAGGAGUGGAACAAAGGCAUUUUUGUGAUUAAACCUGAAGAUGAAGAUAUUCAUACAGCUAAUGAGAGACGAUUGAAGGAGCUGAUUGGUGCUCCUGCGGGCAAGUUACAUACUGGUCGUAGCAGAAAUGACCAGGUUGUUACUGACAUGAGACUGUGGCUUCGUGAUGCUAUUUCAUCCCUCAGAGAAGCCGCAUUGCAAUUGCUUUCUACAAUGGUGGAACGGGCAGCAAUAGAAAUUGAUGUCCUAUUUCCUGGUUACACACACAUGCAGAGGGCCCAGCCAAUCAGAUGGAGCCACUGGAUUUUAAGUCAUGCCGUCGCCCUGAGCAGAGAUGUGGAGCGGCUUCAGGAGAUCAACAAAAGGGUUAACGUUUUGCCUCUAGGAAGUGGUGCUCUUGCUGGGACACCAUUUGACAUUGAUAGGAAUCUUCUGUGUAAAGAGUUGGGUUUUACCAGCAUAAGUCUUAACAGUAUGGAUGCGACAAGCCAGAGGGAUUUUGUUUUGGAGUUUUUGUUCUGGGCUUCACUGUGUCUGACCCACCUCAGUAAAAUGGCUGAAGAUCUGUUGUUGUACAGCACCAAAGAGUACUCCUUUGUCACACUUUCUGAUGCCUACAGUACAGGCAGCAGUUUGAUGCCACAGAAGAAAAACGCUGACAGUCUGGAGCUGAUCCGCAGCAAGGCGGGACGUAUCUUUGGCCAAUGUACCGGGUUUAUCAUGACUAUGAAAGGUUUACCUAGCUGCUACAACAAAGACCUGCAGGAGGAUAAGCAAGCCAUGUUUGACUGCUUUGACACACUUCAUGCUGUGCUUCAAGUGACAACAGGAGUCAUGUAUACACUCAAGAUUAACCCUUCAGUAAUGGAAGGAGCCCUCAGUCCAGACAUGUUAGCAACUGAUUUGGCCUAUUACCUUGUGAAGAAAGGGGUCCCCUUCAGAGAGGCUCAUGGUAUUUCUGGAAAAGCUGUUUUUACUGCAGAAUCCAGAAACAUUGCCUUAAAUCAACUCACUGUGGAAGACUUGAGUUCUGUCAGCCCUCAUUUUGGAGAGGAUGUGGCUGCAGUGUGGGACUAUCGCAGCAGUGUGGAGCAGUACAGUGCCCCCGGUGGGACAGCAAAGUCCAGUGUCUUAGCCCAAAUAGAGCACCUACGAAACUGGAUCAAGACACAGUCGCAGUAAUCAUCAAUAAUGAUUGAAUCUAGUUUACUGAACAAAAUGGUCAAUGUUUCAUAGGUCAAUUUACUGUAACCUGGUUACAAAUUAAUUAAUGUUACGGUAUGCACAGUAUUGCACUCAUUAGCAAUGUAAGCCGUCCGAGGUUUGUUGACAGUACUUUUAUUUUCAAAUGGCAAACAAUUUAUUUCGCACAGCACCACUGUUGCCUUUAGUUAUGGCUAAUGAAAGAAAAUGUUUUUUAUCUUUUUUGUAUUUGUAAGGUUACAUAAUAUAUUUAUGCAUAUUUUAAAAUUUAGAUUUUAAGAUCCUAUCUAUCCAAACCAAAAUACUCUACCUACAAACAAACAGUUAUAAAGGUUAAUUAACUUGGCCUGAUUUAGCCUCUUUAUUAACUAUGCGAGAGGUGGCUGUGAAACCUUCUAAAUUAAAAUAGUUUUCUUUUAUAAUUUAUACAUGUAUACAGUUAACUGACCAGGCUGAUAAUCAUAAGUAAGAGAUGUCUGCACACACAACAUUUACUAAAACUUCUAGCUUUCUAAAUAUGUAAUAAAAGACAAAAAGAGCACACCAGGGUGAGACUUGGAAGAAGUAAGCCAGAGUUAGAUUUGUAGACAACUCUGCCAUCUAGUGGCUGAGUGGGUCUGAAGAUGUCAGUCAUGGGCUGACCUGUCCAGAACCGGCACUUUGAGAUGAAGGCACUCAACUAGAGUAAAAAAAAUAUAUUUAAGGAUUAGUAUAAAACCCAGAUUAAAGUAUAAAAUGAUUACAUUCAAUUUACUAGAGAAGUAAUAAUACUGGAGAAUACGUUAUGCUCAAAAUCUUUAGGUUUUAACCAUGUACAUACAUGCAUUGGAAUUUUAUGGAACGCACCUCUCACCUGUCCUUAAUCCAGCUCCUCACCUGUCGGCUGCUGACCGGUAGCAUCCUCUUAAAAACGGUCCAGGCCACGGCUUGUUCACAGCCAGGUGUCGUCAUGGAGCCCAUGUAUCUAUAAUAACUGUGGAGUUCAGACGCUGAUGGGACGACGUCACUCAGUCUGAAGUUUAUCACCUCUGUAGAGCUGCCUGGGAACAGAGAAGUCAAAAUCUGUACAGUUACAAAUAUUAUAGCUAGAAAACACACAGUUCAGGGUUCACAGGUCUUUCACAUGUUCUGUUGUGUCCUCUUUCGUUUGUAAAUCUCAUUGUUUUUUCUCAGUGACUCCAAAUUUCAUUCUCAACAUCUUAUAUUGUGCAGAGGAAGGGUAAUGAAUAUAAUACAAGUAAUUUUGAUAACUUUUUAAAUAAUACAUUAAUGACAUUGAUGUUUCAGUGUACUGUCAUUUUAUAGUUUUUUGGUACCAUUAUUUUGAAUACGACCCAACGCCUCUAUCAAUGUGUCCAGAUGUGGAUGGUCUUCAGCUGUCUCCUGUGAACAGCAUAUAUUUUUUAAUCAUGUCAACAGCAUUUUAAACAAAACUUGAUAUAUUUUAAACAGUACCUCAAAGAGAAAAGCAAGGAGAGCUAUUCCAGCCAUGUCAUGCUCAGCUUCGGUCAGAGACCCGUACGGCUCCUUUAUGUGAACUAUGUGCAUCUAUAAAUUACACAGAAGUCUAAUAGGAAAAUAUUUUUUAUUUUGUAUAUCUGUCAAAAUAGAAAGCCUUGACAGAGAGGAAAGUACAAAAUAGAAAAGAGUGUUUUCAGUGGUCUAUAAAUCUCCACAGAUUAGUUGGAGUUUGAAGUCAAAAAGUGUCUAAACUAUUAACCUUUUACUUUAUAUCACCACAAAUGUGAUCAGUUGUGCCAGUAUUGAUAUUUCUUUGUGGGUUUAUUUUAUAUUUGUAUGCAUGUUAUUCAUAGUUACGCAGUUGGCCAUACUUCCAUAGGCAGCCUCUCUCCGUCAAUGGUGUGUUCAGACCCUGGGCUCCCCUCUCGGCCCCAAUGAAAGUGGAAAUUUGCUGCUCUGUAGUUUCCAGGCAGAGCACCCCCGGACAACCCCACCGACUGAGGCAGCCUGAAAGUGGCUUAAAUCACACACAUACGGGCCUACUGUAUUUUAAAUUCAUUUAUGAAACAUGAAGAUUGCAGUCUGAAGCAGAGUACACACUAAAGUACACCCUAAAAUAUAGAAAAGUUUUCACUUGUAAAAUAGUAUUAUUGUAAUUGAAAAUGAAAUUAGCAGUAAGGUUGUUACCAGAGUGCCCAGUGUUCUCCAAGCUGAUGUUGAUUUGUUUGUUGUGUCCGAUGAAGUUGAAAGGAGCUAGAGCAGAGUUAGUGUGGGCUUUACUAGUGACAAUGUUGAUGGGAGACUGGCGAAGCCCUCCACAUCUUGGGAACUGGGUUACCCAAUGACUCGGAUCUGAAAUCAUUCAAAAUGGGUUAGUCGAAAUUAAAGAUACUGUAUGUUCAUUUAGGCAUGAUGUUCCAAAUUGAAUUCUGAACUAACUUGGGGUUUGUUUUUAUUACUACUAGUGCUGUGUUCCCUUGACCUAUGUUCACUUUAUAAUUAUAUUAGUGCUGGUUUGUGAUUGGAGAGCAGAUAGUGUGGUUGCCAUUUGACCCUAACUGUCAAGGAAUAAAAAAUACAAAAUGCAAAAAUGCAUUUUAACUUUGUCUGACA